UUAGUUAAUUCCUGAUGUUUCUUGGCAAUAGUUAGCGUCAAAAACCGGUAAUUACUAUUCUCAGUACGAUAAUCUGGCAACGGUGAUCCGGACCCCCACCAAGAAGAAGAAGAAGAGUGACCAUCACCGGCUGAUCCACCACCACCGCCACCACCAGGAUGAUUGUGACCAGGGUUAUCCCAGAAGUUCGAUCCUUGCAGACAGCUCUUCGUCGCAAUUAUGGAGUAUCAGCUGUCAUGAUGAAAAAGGUCGCAGAUCCCAUCCAGCAGCUUUUUGUUGAUAAGAUCCAAGAAUAUAGCAAGAAGAGCAAGACUGCUGGAGGGAAGUUGGUGGAUGCCACACCUGCAGUAGAUAAACAACUACAGCAAGAGCUGGACAAAGUUGCCCGGCAGUAUGGAGGUGGAGCAGGUGUAGACAUGACCAAGUUUCCCGAUUUCAAAUUUGAAGAUCCAAAGGUGGAAGUCUAAGUUACCUGGGCAACACUUGUUCCUUGUAAAAAGUUUAUUUGUACUGGAAAAUGCCAACACAUGUAUAUGUAUUUAAUAAAAUAGACUAGACAUAA